AUGGACGCCUUCAUCAGCUUCACCAACCAGACCCAGGGCCGGGACCAACUCUUCAGAGCCACUAAGUACACAUGCAUGUUGCUUAGAUAUUUGUUAGAGCCUAAAGCUGACAAAGAGGAGGUUGUUAAGAAGCUCAAGAAACUGGAGUCCAGUGUGAGCACUGGCUCCAGCCUGAACCUUGUGAUUUAUUUCAUCUGUGACCCCAUCAUCUUCGUGAGGAGUGCAGGGCUUGCCUCCGGCAUUAACAAAGAGAAAUGGCGAAUGUGGGCUGCACGCCAUUACUACUAUUCUCUUCUGCUGAGCCUGAUCAGGGAUCUGUAUGAAAUCUCCCUGCAGAUGGAACAGGUUGCACACGACAGGGCAAAGAGGGAGAAAUCACCAUCCCAGGAUCCUCUUGGGUAUAGCGUGGCUAAUGAGGAAACAGAAUGGCUCCAGUUCUUUCUUCUUCUCUUAUUCCGAUCUCUGAAGAAACAUCUUCCCUUGCUCCUGGACACAGUGAAGAACUUCUGUGAUAUCCUGAACCCUUUGGACCAGCUGGGGAUCUAUAAGUCCAAUCCUGGCAUCAUAGGCCUUGGAGGUCUCGUGUCCUCUAUGGCAGGCAUCAUCACUGUGGCGUAUCCUCAGAUGAAACUGAAGACCCACUGA